AUACAUCAUCAGUGAUUGUGGGUAUGCUAGUUAUGCAUGUUGAUACGAUGCUUGGCAGUAUUUUGAAUCUUUUGAAUCGUGGUGCGGCCAGCGCGAUAAGUAAAAAGAACUUUUAACUGAGAGAGACACCGUUCUGACAACAGUUUCAUAGAUAAGAAAUAUUCAAGAUGCCUCAAAAAGGCGGAAAGAUCGAUUUAUUGUAUUUUAACGUUCGCUCUUACGCUUGAACUCGAUUAACCGAAUCAAUGAACUUCCUCGGCCGCGUUGGAGAAGCAAAUUGAAAGUCACCGGUUUCGUGCUAUGCUGUUUGGUUAUCGAACAUUCCGCUCUCGCUACGAUGGAAGAAGCGGGCGCCACGAUUUUUUACGAUGACGAAGACUGCUUAGAUUAUGAGUGUCUGCAGGACAACAACAACGAGAUGUAUGAUUACGAUUACGCGGACGUGGAUAAAGAGACCCUCCAUGAAUUGUACCAGUAUUGCCUCAGUCCCAGUCUGUAUGAUACGGGACAUUAUCUGUUACCCUUGUUCGGUAGCACGAUUCUAUUUAGACUGUUCGUUCACACUCGAUACAUAUCAUACAGGAUAUUUCACGUGUUAUCAGUAGCCAUAGGGUUGUAUAUUAUUCAGCACUAUGCACAGGAGUCCUUCCUCGUACUGACAAUAUUCGCUCUAUUUUCCUAUGGUGUUUUACACGCGCCGAAAAAAUGGCAUGGUGGGAUACGCAUAUGUUUGUCAUCCCUUUUGAUAAUUGCGUACUGUGAAUUUUCGAUGCAACCCGUGGUAUGGCACAAGGUACGGAGUAUGGUCAUGACCAUGGCGAUGAAAGUGAUUAGUGUCGCCAUAGACACUAAUGGCUCGGACGACCUGCCAGAUAUUUAUAGUUACAUGGGUUACAUGUUCUGCGGCGUGACUUGCUUGUUCGGACCAUGGGUGUCGUUUAAAGAUUACCUCUCGUUGCGUUGCUGUAACAAUCAGACGAGAUGGUGGAUAAUAUGGGGCAUUGGGUACGCCGUUCUCUCCUUUGUCUUCCUGAGCAUCUCAAACUGCUGGACGCAAUGGAUAUUUGUAGAUAAUUCUUGGAAAUGGUUAAUGGCGUACCGAGACGCAUUGUCUUUCAGAACGUCCCAUUACUUCGUUUCGUACAUAGGUUCGGCGCUGUUAGUCUUUGGUGGGUUUCCCCUCCCGUCGUCAAUGAUAGUUAAACCAUUUUACAUUGAGUUUCCACGCUCGCUCGUUCAGGUUGUGAUUUAUUGGAACAUUCCAAUGCACUAUUGGCUAAAAACAUAUAUCUUCCGUCCAAGCAUUAAGAGAUUUGGAAAAUUUGGUGCGGUGACCGUCACGUAUCUAGUAAGCUCCCUUCUGCACGGAUUGAACUUUCAACUGGCGGCGGUGUUGUUCAGUUUAGGGCUCUACACGUACGUGGAGUUUCAACUGAGAGCCAUGUUCGCCGAGACUUUCGACGCUUGUAUCGCAUCUAAGCAAUGCGCCAAGCACAAGUGCACGCACAAGUAUAACUCGUAUAAUUGUUGGUGGGUGUUUAUGACGAACCUGGCAUUCGCAGGACUGGCGAUGUUUCAUCUGGCUUAUCUGGGCCUCAUGUUCGACACGUCCGAUCUGCAAGAAACGGGGUAUAACUACAGUCACACAAUCGAUAAAUGGGCUCAACUCGGAUUCGCUAGUCAUUGGAUAGCAUUAGCUACGUAUUGCAUAUAUUUCUUAAUUAAGUAGCGAUUAAUAAUUUAAUUAAGUUAUUUUAUACAUGUAAGAUACCUCGCUAACUUUACUACUGAUAUAAUUGUAUUUAAAUAAUCGUUUACAGACCAAUUUUUUUGUUAUAUAGAAAAUAAAUUCCUUUUUAUAGAAAAUUAAUUUGUGAUCUGCAGAACGAGAUACGCAACUCACUUUUGUAGACAGCUUUCCCGGCAUUACGAUAUUGUACAGAUACAAUUUAAGAGCUGUGAAUAAUAACGUUGGGACAACUUUGUGUUCUAAUAUUCGAAAGGUAAGUAAAAUACAUAUUCUUUAUUGAGUGUAUAACGCAAUAUAAAGUUCACUGGGUGAUUUAUAUGUAUAAAGCACAUUUAAUAGUUCGUAAUUAUAAAAAAAGUUUAUAAAGAGUGUGUAAAUAUACAAUGUUAAAUAAUACUCUUUCAAUAGUUUACGUUCUAAUGUUACGUUUUCUAAUGUUACAUCAAUUGUCAUUUUCUCAACGAGUAGAAAUGUGUUUUGCUCUAGGACAUUCUUUCCUUUAAGAGUCGAUCGAUAUUUAUGGUAAUUCUUGCAUUUGUAAUAUUACACUGCGCGUUGCAAUGAUUACUACAAGUUAGCAAUUACAUAAUUCUUAUAUACAUUUUCAAAUAGAUUUGUUUUAAUGAUAAUAAGACAUAAUUGUCACCGUCUUGAAAUAAUAAUUGUUUCGUAGCACGUAAUAUUACAAUUAAACAUUACAACGACGAGAAAUGCUAUACGUAAUCCACAAUACUUCGUCAGAUACCGGAAUUGCGCAGAGAGUUGCUGCAGUUUUAUAAUUUAAAUGGUGCACUCAUUCGCGAAAAUAAAUAAUCGCUCUACUAUAAAUUCUACUUCUUGAAACCUAAUGACAUAUUGACUAUAAUUUCCUAAACAUCACAUUUUUUAAUAACAUUUGUUCUUAAACACUGUACUUAGAAAAAAGCUAUGACUUCUAUAUUCGUUUUAAAUGAAUACACAGCUAAUAUAUAACUACAUAUUAAUAUGUAAAAGCAUCUAUAUAUAUAUAUAAUAUAUAAUAUAUAUAAAUUAGAUUCAGUUGAAGUUAGUUAAAAACUCUGUAUUCUAAAACUACUAUUGACAUAUAUAUACCUCUUUAAUUAUACUAUACAUAUACAUAUACCAACUUCAUAAAAAAUAAUAAUUUUUAUAUAUAUAUGUAUGUAUGUAUGUAUAUAGAUCUUGGAUAUAUUGCGACAGCAUUCAUAAACAACAAGUACAUUAGUUACUCUUACGAUUGCCACUUAUCUAUUAUUGAUAUCCGAAAUUGACAAUUCCUUCUUGUUGCUUAAGACAGAUUCCGACAUGAUAUAACUUAAAGUUUUAUAAUAUUUUCAGAACAUUCUUCUCUUGAAUUGUUUCAUUUGUAUAUUGCAUUAAAACAUCGCUUUACACUUGAUAAGUGAGUAGUGCAAUUGAAAUGAACGAGUCAAAUAUAUAUUUAUAUGCUAAGGUAUAAAGAAAAAAUGCUCUAAAAAAUGCUCUAGAAAAGCAUUGUAUAGUCUGUUAACAUAUUGCUAUGCAGAAGAGUAUAAGUUGCGAGACUACUGAAGAGUAAAUUAAUAUAUACAGAACAGCUUGGGUACUCGUAAGAGUAACAGCUUAAUUUUAAUCUUGUACUUAAAGGUAUUCCAAAUAAUCAACUUACGUCUUUAUGUACAAUUUACAAUGUUCUACGUCAGGACAUUCAAUAUCCCACUGUCGUAUCUUCAGGCCAAUUUGAAUCAUAUGAUGAAAUAUCAUUUGGAACUAUUAAGGUUUUAAUAUAAAAUGCUGUUAAAAUUGUAUUCGCUUCUGUUUUCUGUUUUUAUAUGAAAAUUCUGAAAAAUUUGAUUGUAUAUAAUAAUUGCAUUAUAUUUAUAAUAUAGUUUCAUCACAUUUAUUGAUAUGUUUUGCUGAAGUAACCGCAAGAAAAUUGUGUAGAAGUGAUUACAGUGUGUUAUAAACUGUCUUCAUGAUAUGCUUACAAAAAGACCUGAAGAUGUAAUAUUUCUUACAUUAAAAUUCUCUUAUUGAAUUGUUGCCAAAUAUGUUUGCCAUUUGCUUGUUAAUUUACAUUACAUACAUUAACAAGCAUGUAAUGUGCUAUAAUUAGCGCAAAAAAAGAGAAAAAAAAUAGGAGAAAAAAAGAAUAUGCAGUCACAUCGAAUUUGUAAAAUUUGGUAAUUUAUAUUAUUCCGAUUAAAUAUAAAAAUGUAUAGGUAUGUAUAAAUACAUUCGAAUCUUUUCUAUGAUUUAACGGAGAUUAGUAAGAGAUACAUUUUCCAUCAAGUAACAUCCAUGGUAAAGCAUAUCGCAUCGAUUGUAUACAAACUAUACACAGUUGAUAUAUUGGGAUUAAAAGUCUCUUUCCCUAAUGCCUUCGUCCAGGUUUAAAGCAACAAAAGUAAUUUCUCAACAAGUGCCAUAUAAAUUACAGUGUCUCGAGAUCUUUAACAUUGCUUCAAACCGACAAUUACAGAAUAUUUAUGUUCCUUUAAAUAUUCUACAUUCUUCAUAUCAAGAUAAUGCUAAAUAAAUCCUUUUUUUUCUGCUAACUAUCCAAUUCCGGUUCGCAAUAAUUUUUUCGUAACAAUAAAGGUCUGUAUAUAUAAUACAGGUGUAUAUAUAAAAACUUGCAUAAUAUAAAUACAACAAAAAAUGUAACAAAUUCUAAUUUUGGAGGCCAUAUAUGGAAUUUGUCAUUUACAUUCCUUUUUGAUCAUUGUCAACGGGACUCAAAGUCGGCCGCCCUUGAGAACUUCAACAGUAAAAAGGAUGUCCAUUAAUCAUAGUUUGAUGCUGGACUUUACUUCUUUAGAAUAGCAAAGAGGAUAUCAUUGAGUGCUUCUUCAACCUUUUUUGACAAAUAAAAUUGAAAAACGGAAGGGCGUGUAGCUUCCGAUCGCACUACUAUAAAAUGUACGUUUAUUGAAUGUCGCAGAAAGGAUAUGUGAGCGUUAAAUAAACGAUUUGGCAAAAUUGAAAUAAUGAUUGAAAACAGAAAAUCAUAGGUCGAAAAUGAUUUUAGAAAUACUUAUCUACAAGUGCUCUCUCUGAUCAGCAGAAUGUUAAAGUGGAAAAAUGAUAUUAACAUGAAACUGAUUUUCUUUUCUUGCAAACAUUCAACGUAUCGCGAUACUUCGAAGAUACAUGGAAGAAAGCUGCGUAAGCUAUAUAUUAGAUAUCGCUGCAAUAAAUUCAUAUCCUAUGAUGCAGAUAUGACAAAAGAGUAUUAAUAAAUUAAUAUAGUGUUGAUGAGACUAUAGAGAUAUAGUUUGACCUUCGUUGACUUGUGAUAUAUAUAUAAGCCUGGGCAAAAUUCGCUCGAGUUGAAGGGGGAUUGAAGAUCAGUAUGAAGUGCUUUUUAUUGAAUGAUGGGGUUUAAGCGAUGAGAUCUUCGGCACUGGUGAGAUGCUCCAGUUACCUGACAGUCCUCCCCAACGCCACUGGGAAUAUCGGGGUCGAAAGAACUGCACAACCGUAAAUUUAAACCCAAGUUCGAGAAACAGGGACGGUUAUUGACUUACUGCCUGAGCGAAUAGCGGGCAACUCGGUCUGCCGACCUGAGGAUCAUAUUCAUGCGUUGUUGCGGCUGUGUCAUCGAAUGAUUGGCAGACGAGUUUGUAGUAUGGGCCUGUGCAGCCAUGCAGGAGACCUAAUACGGCAGGAAGAUGGAUCACAGCUACUGCUGACCAACCAAGUGUUUCUACAAUAUCCAGUCAAGAUAAAGAGACCCUAUGUAUUUAAAAAAAAGCGCAUGCAAUAUUUUUCAAUAAUAUAUACCUCAUUGAUCGUA